GAAGAAAAAAAAACAUAACCUUAAAAUUUCAAUGUAAAUUUGUAAAUAAAACUCAUUUUUAAAAUACAAGUUUUUGUAUUCAAUCAUAUGUUUGAUUAUUUAAAAUGAACGACGGAUUAGAUUUUAUUCCAUCUAAAGCGUCCCUGCUAAAAUCAAAAGAUGCAAACUUUGAGUCUGUAGUUUUUGAAUCUUACAAAUCAGCUAAGAAAGCAAAGAAAUCAACAGAAGAUAGUAAUGCUAAAGAAAUAGAUGGAAAGAAUGAGCUGAACAUGAAAGAAGCAAAACAUGAGAUCAUAAAAUUAGGAAUGUCAGGAUUGAAUUCAAAGAAGAAAGAGGAAGCUAAGAUAAACUUGUUAAUACAAUUGGGUGCUAAACCACCAAAAAGGAAAAAUAAGAAUUAUAAAGAACUUUGCAUGGAAAGGAAAAAGGCCAAAGAAAAAGAAGCCAAAACAAUACAGCUGUCACAAUUAGGGAAAAAUCAACAUGGUAGAUCAACAGCUAAAGGAAAAAGCUUUGACCGCAAAAGAAAAAAAGAAAAUAAUAUAUUAUCAAUUUAUGGAAAAGUUCAAAAAAAUAAAUAAAUAAGCAUUUUAUUGUA